UUCCUGGGCGGGCGCGGGGAGGAGCUGCAACUAGAGCUGCAGCAGCGGCGGCGGCGGCAGAGGAGGAGGAGGUUUUUGGCCUCUGAAUGGAUGAACUUCGGAUUCUCCUCUUCCGUUUCCAGUACUUCAACAAUCAGGGAAACCGACAAUAACAGCCCCAGCAGUGAGCAGUCCGGGGAAUAGGAGUGCAGGCAGGGGUGGCAGCUGCAGCCCCGCGCUGUGUAUGUGUGACAGAUGCGUGUGCUGGAUGUGAUAUUGUAGCUGCAGGGGGGAUCAUGGGGCACUGCCUUGUUUGCGGGUCAUGCAUGUUGCAGUUCCCCGCCUGUGUGUCACAGAUGUGAGCGUUUGGCUGUACUUGUCAUGCUGCAGGUGCGGUUUAUUAGCCUGCUGUAGUGUGUGCAUUUUAUGUUCCAGUGCCUUCCUCUCUCAUUGUAUGCGUGAGUGUGUGCCAGUAAUUCAAUCGUCUGCUACUUUGUCAGUGUGACUCCUGUCUGUAUCACUGUGAUUGCUGCUGCGUUCACCUUGUGUGUGUCUGUGUGAAUAGCACACUGUUGCCCUGUAACUGGCCAUAGCUGUAGAACGUGUGGCAUUGUGCUUGUGGGCUGCCAGGCUUUGUGCAUACACACCAGGAGUGCUGCAAUUUCUUGUGGGUGCUGGUCAGGUCAGGACACCAUGAAGAAGUUUUCUCGAAUGCCCAAGUCAGAGAGUGGUGGAGGCGGUGGGUCAAGUAUGGGUGUAGGAUCAUCUGGAAAUUAUGUCAGUGGAGCGGUGACAGUGGGCAGAGGAUUCACCAUUGGGCGUCACCAGGUGACUGUGGAGGAGCUUGUGGCAGAAGGGGGCUUCUCAACUGUGUUUCUGGUUCGCACUCAUGGAGGACUGCGUUAUGCUUUGAAGAAAAUGUACGUUAACAAUGUGCCUGACCUUAACAUUUGCAAGAGAGAAAUAACUAUUAUGAAAGAGCUUUCUGGUCAUAAGAAUAUUGUUGGCUACUUAGAGUGUGCUGUUAAUGCUGUUAGCGAUAAUGUCUGGGAGAUCCUUAUCCUUAUGGAGUACUGUAGAGCUGGACAAGUUGUGAAUCAAAUGAACCAAAGACUCCAAUCUGGGUUCACUGAGGCCGAGGUUUUGAGGAUAUUUUGUGACACAUGUGAAGCAGUUGCCAGACUUCAUCAAUGCAAAACCCCAAUAGUUCACAGAGAUUUAAAGGUUGAGAACAUCUUGUUAAAUGACAGCGGGAAUUAUGUGUUGUGUGACUUUGGCAGUGCAACAAACAGAUUUCUUAACCCUCAAAAAGAUGGCGUAAACAUUGUUGAAGAGGAAAUUAAAAAGUAUACCACUCUCUCAUACAGAGCUCCAGAAAUGAUCAACCUUUAUGGGGGAAAACCAAUUACUACAAAAGCUGAUAUAUGGGCACUUGGCUGCUUAUUAUACAAGCUUUGCUUUUUCACCCUUCCCUUUGGAGAAAGUCAAGUUGCUAUCUGCGAUGGGAGUUUUACCAUUCCAGACAAUUCACGAUAUGACCACAAAUUACAUUGUUUAAUUAGGUACAUGCUUGAACCUGAUCAGGAGCGAAGGCCUGACAUCUACCAAGUUUCAUAUUUUGCCUUUAAACUAGCAAAGAGAGAAUGUCCAAUACCCAAUGUAUAUAAUUCAUCAAUCCCACAUGCUCUUCCAGAACCAAUGACUGCAAGUGAGGCUGCUUCUAAAAAGAGUCAAAUAAAAACCAGAAUAACAGAUUCACUUGGACCCACAGAAACCUCAAUCGCACCAAGACAGAGACCCAAGGCAUUUGCAGGCACAGCCCCAAUAAAGGCGCUAAAUAUCCCAACCUCUGCAACCCCAGUGAAGAUGGCAGUACAAAGUGUUCCAUGUCAUCAGAGCCACAAUGUGGUUACAGAUACAACAGCAACAAGACCUGGCAAUGGGCCUGACACGCUCUUGGCUCAUGAAAGUAGCCAGCAGCCUCAACAACAGCACAGGGUUUUACAGCAACUACAGCUAGGCGACUGGAGGCUACAGCAACUUCAUCAACUACAGCAGCAGCAACUGAUACAGGAAGCCUACAUGCAGCAGUAUCAGCAGGCGUUUCAGCAGCAAUUUCUUCAGCAACAGUAUUUGAUGCACUCCCUCUAUCAGCAACAGCAACUUCCACACCAAUAUCCAGCCAUGGUUCACCAGUAUCAGCAGGCUCAAAUGCAACAGCAGCAGGCCAUGCUCCAUCACCAGUCCCACCCUCAGCAGUAUCUGACUUCUCCUCAGGAGUUCACGGCAGCCUUAGUUUCAUAUGCAGCUCCUCACCCUGAGCAAGUGGGAACAAUGAGAAACAUGUGUAAUACCAACAUGCCUGGAAGUGUCCCAGACAAAGAGCCUUCUUCCAGUAUACCAAAACAGACUGGCAACAACCCCCCUGAUAUGUCGGGCUGGAAUCCUUUUGGCGAUGAUAACUUCUCCAAGUUAACAGAGGAAGAGUUGCUGGACAGGGAAUUUGACCUCCUGAGAUCAAAUAAACCUGAAGAGUGCAGGACACCCACAGUCCCCAUUCUUGCUUCACAAAUCAAACAUUCCGAAGAUGCAUUUGGUUCUAUUCCAUUUAUUUCUGCUUCAGGUUCACUAGGAAAAAUAUCUGACAAGUUGACAUGUGCUGAAGAUGUUGUGUCUCAAGUAAUUAGUAAAGAUGAAAAGCAGAAUGAGUCCCUGAAACAACAAAAGCAGCGUCAGAAUAUACAGGAACAGUCUUCCUCACAGAAGGAAACUAGAGAGAGAGCCGACUCUGAGAGUGAUUUCGAAUCAGAUCCUUCUUCCCCCAAGAGCAGUCAAGAAGAGGAUCAGGAAGAUGAAGAAACUUUACAUGACGACCAAGGGAUUUUCCGUGAAGACAAUGACACAGAGACAGAAAAUUUUGGACAAAGACCUCUGUUAAUGGAUUCCGAUGAAGAAGAAGAAAAGCAUAGCUCUGAUUCAGACUAUGACCGCACAAAAAUGAAAGUCUCCAACACGGCUCUUAAAAGUAAUAAUGCACAAGCCACUGAAAGACAUAUUAGGGAAAAUACUCAGUCACUUCGUAGAAACAAUGAAGACAAACCAUCUAUUCAAGAACUAGAUGCUUUUGGGGCUGUGCCAUUUUUCUUUCUUAACACCCAUAAAUGUGAGCAAGAGGAACAGUGCCCAAAACUAUCUUCUCCAACACUGAGAAGCAAAAAAGAACGUGAUGAAUUUGAUGUAUUUUCUCAAGCACCAUUCAAUCGAAAGCAAGACCAAGAAGAUUGCCAAGUCAUAUCCCUUGUUUCUCCAGGUCAUGUGGAUGUCUUUGGGUGCUCACCCUUCCAGCCUCUUCCUACACAAGAAGUAAAAUCUUCCAGCCAAGAGGACCUUUUUGGUUUAGUGCCAUUUGAAGAACUCACUGGAAGCCAGACCGAACAAAAAGCAAAGCAACAACGUAAUUUGCAGAAAAUAUCGUCUCGCCAGAGACGUACAAAACAAGAGCCAUCAAAUAACAAUGGGAAGCGUCAUCAUGGCACUCCAUCAAACACAAAGAAAACCGCCAAGCCUAGUUACCGCACACCUGAGAAAGUUCGCCGGCACAAAAAAGGAGGGAGACGUGACUCUCAGAGCAGCAAUGAGUUUCUUACUAUAUCUGACUCCAAGGAAAACAUUAGCAUUUCACUUACAGAUGUUAAAGAUCACAACAACAUUUUACAAGCAAAUGAUAACAUGGUGGACUCUUUUGGUUCCAAGCCAUUUCCUACCCAAGAUAUGAGGCCACCCCAGCAUCAUGGAUUUACAGAUAACCGUGGAGAUCAUAACACAGCUACAGCUGGCAGGCCAAGACAGAGUUCACUGCAUGGAGCUUACCACGACAGUGAUGGCGUCAGUAUGGAUGACUUUGGCGCAGUGCCUUUCACAGAACUAGUCUUACAAAGCAUAACACAGCAACCAAGCACACAGUCACAACCGCUAGAUUUAGACCCAUUUGGUUCAGCUCCUUUUCUUUCAAAACAGUAGAUUAGAUUUUUUUUUUGUUAAUUAGGAAAGAUUUUAAUUAUAUAUAUAUUUUUUUUUAUAUCUUAAAUAACAAAAACUUUUAUCCUAACCUUUAGCACAUUUUUUUAACAUCUAGGCAAGCAGUCUGGAAACAUAACUUUUUACAAUUGUUAUUUUAAAUACAGUAUGUACAGAUUUAGCUUUAAUAUAUGUCUCAUAAGAGAGCGCCUGUAUCUUUAUUAAUUCAACUUUAAGUAAUUUUUAUUAGACAGUCAAAUAAUCAGUUCUGUAUAGAAGUGUACAUAGGCACUAUACAUAUAUCCUCUGAUCCUCCAUCACUUGACUGAGAUUAGUGUAGUCGGGUUUCCACCUUCCGACAAUUUUAAUCCAUUGUUUUGUACACUACCUCCUGCAACUUUUAUUAAUUACAUUGCUUUAUCUGUGUGAUAUUGAUAUAUAAUUUUAUUUGUCCUUGUAUAUUAAACAGAUGAGCUCUUCAGAAUUACAUACAUUUUAGUAUAUGGAGCAAAAUGCAUUAAAGUUCUCUGAAGGUGGAAAACUUCUUUCAACCAAGGUGCAUCCAUCAAAUAUGUAACUUUUAAUAAUUCUCACUCCACUAAAUAUUUACAAGAAAAAAGUAUUUUAUGGGGUUAAGAACGAUUGUCCUAAUUUGGUGAUGUAUGUAAAUCUGAUGGAUUACUUACAUCUCCGAUUGUUUGGCUGCUGCGCAAGUGCAGGACCAGUCCUGCGGUGCCUCCCAAGCCACAGCCUGAUUGACAGAAAGCUAGUGUGUGUGGGCAGAACUGGCCAGUGUUCCCUAAAAUGGAGGCGUGUCGUCCCCCUCUUCUGGGAGUGGUGAGGCCAGGGUCUGCAAAUUUCCUGACCUCUUCAGUGUGAACAAAAUGGCCAUCCUGUGUAACCUAUUACUCAAAUGGUCAAUGUUCAUGUAAGCAGGAUCAGACUGGCCAUCUGGCACUUCUGGCAAAUGGGCCGUUCUGGCCACAAAGAGCAGGGCUGGCCGAGCAGUUCAGGCUUCUGGCUCUCUGCGCGGCCGCCCGCCCCUCCUCCCUCCAUCCAUCCCACUUGUGGUUGGUAUACAGGGCAUGCUGCGUGGCCAGGCCCCCCUGACUCGAGGCAUGCCCCCGUGCGCAGUGGGUUGCCAGGGCUGCUUCUCAACCCCAAUCCCUGCAUGCAAGUGAUCCCAUGCUGCAUCAGUGGAUCAAACAAGAAUGCAGGAGGUGUCUAUUUAUUAAGACUCCUCCUGCUGCUUUUGCAUAUUUUGUACUCAGCUGCUGUAUGAGACACAUCUAUCUGUGAAUCGGGCCCAGUGUCACACAGAUGAUAACUUAACUUGCAACACUCCAGUCAUUGUACAUAUAUCAUAACACUUUUAUGUGCGGGUACCAGGUUUUUAAUUUUGUUGUUUUUAGAAACAAAUGUCAAAUAUGUUUAACAUUAGUAUAAGGAUAGUUUUGUAUUUUACAUAGGGGGGAAAUAUUUAAGUACUGAUGUCACUAUUAGGUAUGUGUCACCAAAAGAUACUUUUUUGUAAGGAACUGAUGAAUAACCACUGAGAUUUACUUUGGACUGUGCUUGUAUAUUGAUUGGUCUAUUAUCUGUAUCUAAGCAUUGUCAUUUAAGUACUUUAUAGCCAAUAGACAGAGUACCAAUAUGGCAGAUUUUACAUUUAUAACCAAACAGCAACAAAAAAAAAAAAAAAAAACACAAACUUGAGCCUAUUAGUGUUGCAGUAUUCUUAUCAAUGAAUUAAUUUUAUGUUUAUAUAGCUCAUGGGUUAAUUCUUCAUUAUUUUCCUGGAUCCUGCAUUUUUCUUAUAUGAAUGCAUAGCUUUAAUGUGUAUUUUGUAUGAUAUAACUACAAUGUAUGACUUUCUAAAGGAUCCCUACAUUUUUUCUACAAGACUAUUUGUAUUUUGUAAAGUGAAAAUGUGUGUCGUCCAUGUUUUUUACAUUGAACGAGACAAAAAGACUGGUCUUGUCAUGCCAUUCCCUAAAAUGAAGAGGAUCAAGCAAGAACAUAUCAUUGUCUAGCUAAGUGACUUCAGUGAAGAAUGUUUGGUGACAAGAACUGAAUCAGAUGGGAACUAAGAAUUGACUAGUGCCUAUUUGAUUUUCAGAAUAAGUGCCAUUAUCAUUACAAUGAAAGUGCUUACUUAAAGCAAUUAAUUACCAUUCCCGAAAUGUUUUUGAUUUUUUUUUCUCCAGGAUAUGUUUAUGUGCUGUUUAAGUGGCUAAUGGAUAAUACAAAAUUAUGUUCUUUUGUCUUUGGAUAAAAUUGUAACAUUUUUCUUGAGAUGCUAGAUUACAUUGCUUAUCUAGCAAUUCCAGUGGAAUUUCUGAAAAAUUAUAACCAAUUUAUGGUGAAUGGACAGUCUGCAUCAAGUGCCAUUACGCUGGAAAUACUGGCAUUCCACUGUCAUUGUAUUUAAUUGCACUAGACUUUGUGAUUGUAUCUUUGUAUUAUAACUGAUACCGAUGGAAAAGUAAAAUCAUUUGAAAUAUCUGAGCCUAUAAGAGACCAGGGGAACUCUACAUGCUAAAUAUCCAGAUAUAUGCAUUAGGCACUCCAGAGGGGCUGUGUCAAGUAAAGACUUGUAUGUCUGGUUACUGUAGGUAAUAGUGAAAGUACAGUAGUGUAUGCAGACUGGUAUAACACCACUUAUGUACUGUAAAAGUAGAGUAAUCUAUUUUACAAAGGGAAAUAGCAAUAAGGCAUUCACAGAAUGAGUUUAGGAUUCACAAUGCAGAUACAUUAUUAGUGUAAAAUGCUAGUUAUGACAUUGCAGAAGAACCUACAUUUUAAGUGGCCAUUAUGAAAAAAUAAAUAAAUACGAUGCUGAAAGAGA